AUGGUUCUGCCUGGCUGGCUUGAUGACUCUCGGAAUCCCACUCUGUGGAUCACGACCAUCUAUCCUCUUCUCAUUUUCGUUCUCGCCUAUGCCUGCUACUUCCGAAUGCAGGCCUUGAUUGAAAGCUUCCCGCUCCCCCCCGAUGAUUCCGCAGACACAAAAGAAACCGAAACCGAAACAUUGGAGGUCGGAGAUGCCUCAUCCGCAGACUACGACAUGGUGGCGGAUGAUGCAACAAUGACAACAGGACAUGCGAUUAAACCUAGCUCGUCCACCGAAGCUCCAGAUCCUCGAGUUGUAUCCAAGAGGAACGAAUCGACGACACCCAAGCAAAAAUCAAAAAGGCCCUCUCUACACACCAAAUACGUCCAAGGGUUUCUCAUCUACGGCCUACAAGUAUUGCUAACCCAUCGACUGGGAGUCCUUGCUGUUAGCCGGGCGCAUGAGAGCCACAGCUUUGCUGCCAAAUUGAUAGGAUCCCUGGCGUUCUCUUUCGCUGCUUUCUGCGUCUUAAUGUCUUCUGGAAAUCUUGAUAUGUCAAGAGGAGUGAUUCUCCGGGGUUACCGCUCACCUGGUCGCUCACAAAACAUCUGUGACCAGUCAGACCCUUGGAGUAUAUUUGGUACCGUCCUCCUGCUUACUUUGGUCGUGCCAUGCUUCAGACUUGUCUUGAGCUUCAUAUGGUGA